CAGUCACUCCCACACUCCAAAAACAGCCGAAGAAAUAACCACUGUCAAUCAGUACAGAACAGUGAGGUUGCUUCACUCCCACUUCACAGAGUCUGGCUUUUGUUGUGCAACAGACACCUGUAGCUGACCUUUCCAUUCGAGAGGACCCUCAGGCAGAAAGGAGGAGUUCAAAGACUCACCGGCCGCAUUUGCUCAGACAGACGAGGACAUGGAGGAGAGGGACUAUCCAUCCAGGGACUAUUUUGUACAGAGGGAGGUUCUGGAUGAGUUGCGUCUGGAUGAAGUGGCACAAAAAGGGACGUGGUCCACCAAACCAACCCUUGGGGAACGGGUGAAAGAGUCCCUGAGGUGUUCUGUGCCCAGGCUGAAGCACACAGCGCAGAGCUGGGUGCCCGUUCUUGGCUGGUUGCCUCACUACUCCAUCAGAGAAAAUGCUAUAGGGGACCUGAUCUCGGGCUGCAGCGUGGGCAUCAUGCAUCUGCCGCAGGGCAUGGCAUAUGCUCUUCUUGCUUCCUUACGGCCUGUGUUCGGCCUGUACACGUCCCUCUACCCGGUGCUGAUCUACUUCAUCUUUGGUACUUCCAGACACAUCUCCAUAGGUACGUUUGCUGUGAUCAGCAUCAUGAUUGGGAGUGUGACAGAGAGGAUUGCACCCGACAGUAACUUUAUUGUAAACGGCACCAAUGGGACAGACAUUGUGAACGUCGAUGAUCGGGAUGCCUUCAGAGUACAGAUAGCAUGUUCCCUCACAGUCUUGGCAGGAAUCUUUCAGAUCCUGUUAGGUGUGGUGAGGUUUGGGUUCGUGGUCACGUACCUGUCUGAGCCGCUGGUUCGAGGCUACACUACAGGAUCAGCAUGUCAUGUAUGUGUCUCACAGCUCAAGUACCUGUUUGGAGUCACACCGUCUCGAUUCACAGGUCCUCUCUCCCUUAUCUAUACUCUGGUGGACAUUUGCCGACUGCUGCCUCAGACCAAGGUGCCGGAGCUGGUGGUCAGCCUGGUGGCGCUCUCUGUUCUCAUUGUGGUCAAAGAACUCAAUGCCUGCUACAGACAGAAGCUGCCUCUGCCCAUCCCCAUAGAGCUCAUAGUUAUCAUAGCAGCAACAAUCAUCACCCACUUCUGUGGACUUACAAGUAAAUACAGCAUUGAUGUGGUUGGAGAGAUACCCAGUGGGCUCAAGGCCCCUCGAGCUCCAGAUACCACUUUGUUCUCACAGGUGAUAGGUGAUGCUUUUGCCGUGGCCAUUGUGGGCUACGCCAUCAACAUUUCCCUCGGCAAAACAUUUGCCCUCAAACAUGGCUACAAGGUGGAUAGCAACCAGGAGCUGGUUGCUCUGGGUCUGAGUAACACUGUCGGUGGAUUUUUCCAGUGUUACUCAGUGACCUCCUCCUUGUCUCGCAGCCUCGUUCAGGAGAGCACAGGGGGAAAGACACAAGUUGCAGGAGUGAUUUCCUCCGUCAUUGUGCUGAUCACGGUUUUGAAAAUAGGUGCUCUCUUUGAAGAUCUCCCAAAGGCUGUCUUAUCUACCAUAGUGUUUGUGAAUUUGAAAGGAAUGUUUAAGCAGUUCAUGGACAUACCUGAGCUGUGGAGGACCAACAAGGUUGAUCUGCUGGUGUGGCUGGUGACAUUCACAAGCACCAUCCUGCUCAAUCUGGACCUGGGUCUGGCCGUCUCCAUUGGCUUUUCCAUGCUCACGUUCAUCUUCAGGACACAACUACCCCGUUACGCUAUCUUGGGCCACGUGUCAGGCACUGACUUGUAUCUGGACACGGACUCCUACAGGGAGGCUAAAGAGAUUCCAGGAAUUAAAAUCUUCCGUUCCUCUACAACUAUCUACUACACAAAUGCUGAGAUGUACUUGGAGGCCCUGCAAGAGAAGAGUGGAAUUGAAAUCGGGAAGCUGCUGACGGCAAAGAAGAAACGAGACGCCGAGCUGAAGCGUAAACAAGAGAAAGAGAAAAAGAAAGAGAAAAAGAAGGCAAAGAAACAAAAAAAAGCAGUCAGCCACCUGUCCAAUGGCACACUCUCUUUGAAGGAGUUAGAGAUGAAUGAGGGGAAAGUCUCACCAGGAUUGAGCGGACAGAUUCAAGGGAAUGGUCCAGCCUUAAGCCUGACAGAGACCUCUACAAAUAGCCUCAGUAAAGGACAAGUGAACUGGGCUUACCAACAUGACAAAACCAUGCUGGACUCGGAUUCGGACACCGGUUGCCCCGGCGAUGGCAGCAUCAACCAGGAAUCCCACUAUGGUGAUGACGUGGAAGGAUGGGCCUGCGGAUCAGGCACACACAGCAUCAUCUUGGACAUUUCAACAACCAGCUUUGUGGACACAGUCACUGUGAAUACACUGAAAAAUAUUUUCAGGGACUUUGAGGAGAUUGAUUUGGACAUCUAUCUAGCAGGCUGCCAAGCCUGCGUCGUGGAGCAGCUGGAAACUGCAGGUUUCUUCUCAGAGUCCAUCCCAAAAAGCCGGUUGUUUGUCACAGUUCAUGAUGCAGUGCUUCAUAUUCUCAAGAAACGGGGGCAGACAGACUUCAUACUUGAUGUUUCCUGCAACACCCAGAUGUAACCAUUAGGGGUCAGACUGUUCCAACUCUCGCCAUCUUCCUCCUCCUCCUCCCUUUCUUGGGCUACUGGCUGUUCCAUUGCUCACUACUGGUCGUCAUUGUCUCUGAAUGCACCACCUUGACAUGGCGGCUGGUUGCCAUGGAAAUACAGGGAGCCGUUGCUGUGGCAACAGGCUUUUUAUGAUAUCGCCUAAUGAGAUAGCCAGCAAUACGUCAUUGCAGCUCUCUCGCUCUGUGGUGAGUGUGUGAGAGACAGAGAAGGGGCGGGGGUUGAGUAGGAGAAUGUAACAUUGGACUAAUAGGAGUCUGUAUUUAUAGCCUGUGUGAGAGAGCAGAGAGUGACUGAAAGGUUGACUGUAAGGGGAAACUCACAUAUAUUGAGGUGUUGCUGUAAACAGACGGAAAAAGAUGUUUGUGUGUAUAUGUCUGUCUGUCAAUCUAUAUCCUUGAAUCAAUGCAAGUGGCCCUCCUGUUCCUUUAGAAAAGGAAAGCCAGACGUCUUCCAUAAUAAAUCAAUAGAAUGUAAAUAUUUGUCAUUGAUAUGGCCAGGCCAUUCCCUCUGGGAAGGGUUCUUAGUUCUUACAUUACAACCUAUUUGCUCCAAAAUCCUUCAUCAAAGAGCUGAAUUGCAGAUGUGGUAUAAUAGGUGUUACGUUUUCACAGAGCAGCAGCUUUUAAACACAGUCCGGGUGUAUUUAUAGUCAGUAUUCACACGUCUGAUUCCUCUGAUAUCUGAAGCUCUGCUAUUUUUGGGAUCCAGUCUCGUGUUGCAUCUAUCAUAACUAUCUAGCAUUUGCCAAGCACUGUGUUGUAACGUAUGCUACAUGUUUCACAUAUAUGUAAUUGAUUUGGAUAGCCCACCCAUUUAUAUUUGCUCCCCAGCCAUAUAUAUUUUUUUUUUACUUUCAGAAAUGUAUGUGAAAGCAAUAAACAUUUAGAAGGUCUGCAAGACAGAUGCAUUUAUGUGCAAUUUUGUAGAUUGGAAAAAUGAGUGCUCAUGAGUGCAGAGCUAUUUUUCAGCGGACUAAGUGGGAUGUCAGGGCUUCCUGACACAGUGGCUGACCACCAGAAAUAAAUGAUCUACCUGCAGUAUGUAAGGGGUCCUUCCAUUAUUAGUUCGUUGGAUUAACCACUCCAAUGUAAACAAUGUCAAGUGAAAAACACAUUUCCUUGAGAGUGCCUAUUGCACAACAAUGUGUUCACUGACUGAUAACACUUCUAGUUAGCUACUUUAUAAAUGUUAAACUAUCAAAUAUCUCUUAGGAGUUUAUUUUUAUACAGGUAAAGGUGUAACAUAUUUAAUGAGAUUGAAGCAGGAUACUUUCUGUACAUAUCCACAGUGUGUUUUAUGAAUAAAAAUGAAUGAGACCAUGUAAAUAAAGAGUCACAAAAACACAUAG